UCAUAAAUGUGCGACACGGUCGGUAGCCAUAGAGCCAUAUUAUUCAUAUUAUUGCAGGAUGUCCUGCAGAUUUUCUAGAUUGUUUUAAAGGAAUUCCAUAAGCGCCUAAUUUAUUUUUGCACGCAAAAUUUUCACUCUGACUUGGGGGAUAUCGUAAUAAUCGUAACUUACGUUAGAUUUGAGCCAGUUAGCUAUGUAGAGUUCGAGUUUGUUUAAAACAGUCAUAUGUUGUCUAUAGGAUAGCCUAAGCUUGAUAACUAGCCAGUUAGUUUAGAAGUCUAGCAACUAAAAUUGGCAGCAACAAACGACAUGGCUGUAUAUUCGCUCUUGGACCUAAGCCUGAACUGCCUCGCAAAAUAUGCCGACAAUUACCACGGCGACAUUGUAUCUUUACCUGUGGGCAUUAAGGACAAACUGGUGCGGAUAAUGACCUCACAGGGCGCGGUGACGGAUUUCAACAUCAGUCAGCUGUUGCAUCCCGGGAUUCACACGCUGGACCUGCAGAUCUGCCGCGUGUCGGACUCCGCCCUGCGACAGACCCGCUGCCCCGGGCUGCGUAGGAUCCUCCUGAGGGGCCUCCCAGAGAUCACCUCAGCAGGAGUGUGUGCUCUGGCGGAAUCCUGCCCCAGCCUGCAGGUGGUGGAUCUGGGCGGCUGCACCGGGCUGACGGACGAAGGCGUGUUAGCGUUAGCGCGCUGCUGCCCCCUGCUGGAGGUUGUCUCGCUGAGGGGCUGCUCGAGCGUGGGCGACGCCGCCCUACAGGCCCUCGCUCGCAACUGCAGGCUCCUGCACAGCGUCUACUUGUCAGAAACCCUCGUGACAGACGAAGGUGUUAUCGGGCUGGCUACUGGAGUGUGCUCCGGCAGCCUGAAGGAGCUCAAUAUGGUGCGCUGUCAGUUUGUGACCGAUGAGGCGGUGACGGCGGUGCUGACGCACUGUCCGAAAAUCAGGAUCUUCAACUUCCAUGGCUGCCCGCUGAUCUCAGAUCAGUCGCGGGGGGCGCUGCACAACUUCGUUGGCCCGGGUAAAAUUCAGCAGGUGACCUGGACCGUGUACUGACCCCCAGCGCAUGGGCCACCGGACCGCUGGUGUCACGGUUGGACUCUGAGGGGGGGCGUCGCUGCCCCCUGUCCUCCUGACUGCGUGGUCAGGGCGUUUCCUGGACAUUCAUCUCACUUCUAUUCCAGAAUUCCCAUUCCACCGAGCGUGUGCGCUGUUACUGUUUAGCGAAGGCUGUGGGUGUUUACACUGCAUUCUGUACUGAUGACAGACUUUACCAGUAGGGGUAGAUUUAAUGGUGAGAUCGGACCGGCUGAAUGCAGGACUGGGUCGUUGCAUUCCAUCUAGGUUAUCACACUCCAGUCCUGGAGGGGGCGCUGUGUAUGCACAUUUUAUUUCCGUGCCUCAGUGCUGAAUUUAAGGCACACUUUGUUUCCAAGGCCGUAACUGGCUGCUGAUUGAAAGGACACCGCAGAAACCUGCUGACAUUCUGGCCCUCCAGGACUGCUGUUUAACCUGUAGGCACAGCACCCCCUGUAGGACUAGAGUUUUAUACCCCGACUUCAUGCGAUGUGUGAUGUAGGAUCAGUUUUGCCUUUAAGCUGGAUGAAUGAGGUUAGGAUAUGGACGGCGGAAAACUGAUCCUAGAUCAGCACUUAGAUUCUGAGGCUCUUUAAAUACAGGCCCUGGCCUCACUAAAGCGAAAAGCCGACUGAUGAAGGGCCUUACGUAGGAUACAUUUAUCAGGAAGGUUGUAUUUAUGUAUCAAGUGUGUGUGUGUGUUUGUAAUCUUCAAAAGGAUUGUGCUGCUUUGUGUCUAACUGUAACUGUUGUUAUAACGUUUCGUGUGAACAGUUUGCACAGUUCUGCUUUUGAGUUGUGAGGGUGACCUCUAGUGGUCAGACACCAUUGGUGCAAUUGUGCUUUCACACUUCUUGUAUAGCACUCCUUUUGGUGUAUUGGUAUAUUGCAUGUGAUGUCACUUCCUCUGUGUAUUGACUAUGAGAUUUUAUAGUGAAAACUGUCAUAAUUUUCAUAAUUGACUUUACUUGCUUUGGUCCAGGACAGUUCCGCUAUCAGGCCAGAGCAUUUACACACUAGUUUUGGAGGCUUGUGCCUGGAAAAUGACUACAUCUAAACAUUUGAUGCCAAAAUGUCCAAGCAACUUUUCUAAUAAUACUAAUAAUAAUAAUAAUUUGAGAGUGUUAAAUAAGGAUUAAAUGCAUUUUGUAUUCUUCCUGUUCUUUUUUUGGUGUAAUGUGUGGGAGUGUAACUGCAGUAUCCGUAGAGUUUGAGCGCUUCACUGACUGAAAGUCACAUGAUCUUGCUGGAACCUCUCAUGCAUAAAACAGAAGCACCGGACUGCACAUCCUCAUUCUGUUCUGCGUGUUGCACUAAUUCUAAGACAUAGAAAUAAAUGUAUUAUGUAUUUAUUGUA